AUGCGACAGGUACUCAGGGCCGGCUUGGGAUGCCUCGUCUCCCUCCUGCUGGCCGCCCCGGCUGAUGGAUUCUACAUUCCAGGCUGGUCGAUCAAGAGCUACAGCGAUGGCGAGCAGAUUCCCCUCCUUGUCAACAAAGUCUAUUCCGACAAUACCCAGCUACAGUAUGCCUACUACGAUCUCCCCUUCGUAUGCCCCCCCACGGGCAAGCCGAAGCCCGGCACGGGGCUGCUGAGUGGACAGAGCAUCCCUCUCAACCUCGGCGAGGUUCUCCGCGGUGACAGGAUAAAAACGUCCGACAUUGACAUUAUCAUGGGCAAAGACAAGUCGUGCAACUUGCUGUGCAACCGUGAAAUUUCUAGAAAGGAGAUGCAAGAGGCUCGCCAGAUGGUACAAGACGGCUACGUCACAGAGUGGAUUGUCGAUAACCUCCCCGGUGCGACGAGCUUCGUGACCGUCGACAAGAGCCGCAAGUAUUACGCCGCCGGGUUCAAGCUCGGCUUCACCGACUACUCUUCCAGCAGUGGCAAGCCGCGCUACUUCAUCAACAACCAUCACACCAUCGUCAUUCGUUACCGCAAGGCACCUGGCAAGGCCGGCGAAAGGGGCGGCAAGGUCGUCGUCGGGUUCGAGGUCUACCCCAAGAGCAUCGGCUCGCAGAACAAACGCGAUGAGAAUGGGUGCCCGGCUGAUCUGCAGAAUAUUGAUCAAAACUUUGAGUUGUACCUGGCGCCGAACAAGUCAAGCGACUUGUCAGCGCGAUACCCGCACUCCUCCUACCUACCGGAAGACGAUGAGGACCUCGACGAUGGGGCCAAGCUUACCAUCCCGUACACCUACUCGGUAUACUUCCGUGAGGAUAACAACAUCGAGUGGUCUCGACGCUGGGAUCUGUACUUUGUCAACCAGGAGGAGGGUUCCAAGAUUCACUGGCUCGCCAUUGUCAAUUCCCUCAUUAUUUGCGGUCUGCUUACGGGCAUUACCUUGAUGAUCCUGGCCAGAACUAUCCGCUCCGACAUCAAGGGCUACAAGGACGUUCCUCUCGAGGAUGGCAAGCCCAAGCUGAAGCGCAAGAAGACCGGAAACAGAUCCCCUAGGCUCUCGGAGAAGAUGCCAGGGUUGCUCGACCAAGGAAACGACCUCGACAACGACGCCGAUAUUUCUUCGGACGAGGAGGCUCUGGAGGAUGUCACAGGCUGGAAGCUUCUGCACGCCGAUGUUUUCAGGACUCCCGCCUACGGAUAUCUCUUGGCGCCGCUGGUUGGGUCCGGCAUGCAACUCCUUUUCAUGGCCGUUGGUCUAGUUCUCCUGAGCGCUCUUGGUGUUCUCAAUCCCAGCUUCCGUGGAGGUUUCAUCAGUGUGGGAGUUGGCCUGUUCGUCUUCGCCGGACUCUUCUCCGGAUACUUUUCCGCGCGGGUCUACAAGACGUUUGAUGGACAAGACUACCGAAAGAACGCGCUGGUGACUGCGGUUCUGUUUCCAGGCCUCCUCUUUGGCAUCGUCUUCAUUCUCAACUUGUUUGUUUGGGCCCAAGCUUCCAGCACAGCCAUCCCCUUCGGUACCCUUGUGGCGAUCGUCACACUCUGGCUGUGUAUUCAAGUCCCCCUGGUCUACGCUGGUUCCUGGUUCGGGUUUGUUCGGGGUGGGAACUGGGAGCACCCCACCAAGACAGCAUCGAUUCCCCGCCAGAUCCCGCAACAAGCUUGGUACAUCAAGUCUUGGCAGUCGAUCCUCCUGGCAGGGCUCAUCCCAUUUGCUGUUAUUUUCAUCGAGCUAUUGUUCGUCUUCCAGUCUGUCUGGCAGGACAAGAGCGGUUAUUACUACGUCUUUGGUUUCCUUGCCGUGGUUUCAGUUAUUCUCAUUCUUACUAUCGCAGAGGUCACGGUGGUCACCAUCUAUAUCCAGCUCUGCUCGGAGAACUAUAACUGGUGGUGGCAGUCAUUCAUGGUCGGAGGCGGCAGCUCCGCCUGGGUGUUUCUUUACUGCGUUUGGUACUAUUUCUUCAAGCUGCACAUUACCGGAUUUGUGAGUAGCAUGCUGUUCUUCAGCUACAGCUUUAUGGCGUGCUGCGUUUACGGGCUCUUGACCGGAACGAUUGGUUUCUUAAGCGCAUACGCGUUUGUGAGAAGGAUUUACGGGGCGAUCAAGGCGGACUGA